UUUGUAUUGACAUUUAAAAGUGACAGCCCUUUUCUCUUUUCGUCAAAUAAACAAAAAUGGCACCAACGGUCCAACCGAAAGUGAAAACCGUCAAGGGGCUCCCGGCGGUACCCGAGUCGGUACUCAAGCACCGCAAAAGACGCGAAGCGUCCCGCGCCAAACGUCUACAGUCCGACAUCAAAAAACGUUCCGAUCAAAUCAAAAAACGCAAGGAUAUUUUCAAGAGGGCGGAGCGCUACGUCAAAGAAUACAGGUUGAAGGAGCGUGACGAAAUCAGGCUAAUAAGACAAGCGAAAAAUAGAGGAAACUUCUAUGUGCCUGGUGAGGCAAAGUUGGCCUUUGUUAUUCGUAUUAAGGGUAUCAACAAAGUGGCCCCAAAAGUGCGCAAAGUCUUGCAACUGUUCCGUCUCCUUCAAAUCAACAAUGGAGUUUUUGUAAGGCUAAACAAGGCCACUAUAAAUAUGAUGAGAAUUUGCGAGCCCUACAUCACCUGGGGCUACCCCAACUUGAAAUCUGUCAGGGAGUUGAUUUACAAAAGAGGCUUCGCCAAAGUCAACGGGCAAAGAAUCCCUAUUACGAGCAACCAAAUUGUCGAAGACAGGCUGGGCAAAUCCGGGAUUAUUUGUGUUGAAGAUUUGAUUCACGAAUUGUUCACUGUUGGGGAGAAUUUCAAGUAUGCCUCAAACUUUUUGUGGCCCUUCAAGUUGAACACCCCCACUGGAGGAUGGCGUAAGAAGACCAACCAUUAUGUGGAAGGGGGCGAUUUCGGCAACAGGGAGGACAAAAUCAAUGAGUUGUUGAGAAGGAUGGUCUAGAAAUAAAAAUUGUUUAAAGAAAUAA